CCUCCCAUUCAUAAAAAGCCAUUUUUCCCAAGCAGUUGCAACAUCGUAGCAAAAAGCCAAUGUCUCUCGCGCACUGCAGGUCGACUCCGUUGUUCUUAAGGAUUUCUACUGUUACUUACAUCUCCGCGGUAAAUCCUUGUCGUUGUUUUCAAACACUGGACUACAGUAAUAUUCUAACCCAAACAUUUUCAAGGAAAUGCGCUGCUUCUUCGAAUAAAGAUCUGUAAAUGCCUGCUUCUAUCCAAUUCAUGAAGGAUACUCGAAAACAAAUGGAGCCGAGGAUUCCUCUUCAUAUCUCCGGAGUCUCCCCUUCAGUUAUGGUGCAGCCUUUGCUAGAUGGGCCAGUCCCCUAUGGUAGGCUCCAGCACCCCCUAACCAUCUUGCCAAUUGACCAGAUGAAAGCAACGCACAUAGAGAACAGCUACAUAGACAGCCCACUAGUGAUACAGCAGCCAGCUCAUCAGAAGGUGCCUAGGGGGGGAGCUCAUGAAUCUCUGCUACUUGGACAACACCCCCACUUACCAAGGUGCGACCACCAUGAUGUCACUCACCCUUGGAUAACUUUCAGUGGCCGCCCCAGCUCUAUUAGCAGUAGCAGCAGCACAUCUUCAGAUCAAAGGUUAUUGGACCAUGCAGCACCCCCUCCUGUGGCUGAUAAUUCCUCCUCUUCCUCCACCAGGAUUCUAAGCAUGCAGCCCCAACCUCUGAGCUCUAAGCCCAUGGAUCUUAAAACCACUGUGACACAGGUAACUAAAAAGGGACACCAGCUGUGCUGUGAGGAAUGUGGGAAAUGCAAGUGCACUGAAUGCACCCUACCAAGGACCUUACCUAGCUGCUGGGUGUGUAACCAGGAGUAUGUUUGCUCAGCCCAGAGUUUGGUUGACUAUGCCACAUGUAUGUGUCUUGUGAAAGGAAUAUUUUAUCACUGCACUAAAGACGAUGACGAUGAAGGGUCUUGUGCAGACCGGCCUUGCUCUUGCUCCCAUUCAAACUGUUGUGCACGUUGGUCAUUCAUGGGUGCAUUGUCUUUGGUAUUACCUUGUUUAAUGUGCUAUGUGCCAGCGGUUGGCUGCAUGAAAUUGUCCCAAAAAUGUUAUGACAGUGCCAAUCGACCAGGGUGCCGCUGUAAAGGAACAGAGGGCAAACCAGGCUCCCAAGGGAAGCCAUCCUGAUCGAAUGUGAUCCUCCGUUUAGAGGAAUUCUUAA